CUUCUCCUUCGGCGGCGGGGCGCUGCUGGGCGACGAGCUGCAGCGGCGCCGCGAGGAGAUCGCCCAGGCCACCAGGCUCGCAGAGGUGCAGAGGUCCGAGCUGCUGAAGAUGGAGAGGAGGAGGCGCGCCCGCGAAGCGGGCCGAGCGCCCGUCAGCCGCGGCUUCGGCUCCGCAGAACGCCUCCAGACACGCGGCGGGCCGCUGGAGCUGCCAGAGUCGCCGGGCCCGGCGCAGUACGGCGUCCCGCGCCACUACGACGCUACUCCGGAGUGGUCGGCCGCCAGCCGCGUGCCGUGGGGCAAGCGCACGGAGCCCCGCCGCGGCGGCGCGCCGAGGCCGGCCAGCGACGUCGGCCCAGGCGAGUACACCGCGCAGCACCCUUUCAGCGGCACCACGAAGCCGACUGCCAA